AGCAAUGUACAGCAGUAUAUGUAUCUGCGUGGUCCUUGCUGUGCUCUCAGUGAGCUCUUUCGGACAGCAAACUGUGGGCUCGCACAAUGGGAAUCCACUGGCUGCUGAGCUUGAGCAGAGCCUGACAGAGUAUCACCGGCACGUCCGCGCCCCUUCGUCUGCUGGCCCCCUGAAAUCUGUGUCGCGGCUGGAUGGAAGCAUUGACCAGAGAGCUAACAUCGGCGCUUUGUUGGCCAAGUAUCUCCAGCAAGCCAGAAAAGGUCCCACUGGAAGGCUCUCAGUUAUGGGAAGCAGGGUACAGAGCAUUGAUCCUACGCACAGGAUAAAUGACAGAGACUACAUGGGCUGGAUGGAUUUUGGACGCCGCAGUGCUGAAGAAUAUGAGUACUCUUCCUAAAACUCAGCAAACUAUAGUAACAGAAAAAAACAAUCACACCCCCAUGUCUGUACAGAAAGAGAAAAAUUAAUUUGUUGUCCUCUUCAAAUCAGUGUUUUAAAAUGUAUCAUGUAUUUGAUGUAAAUUUGUCUGUAAGACUCUACAAUGCAAUAUAUACAUAUGCAGAAUUUUCCAGAAAAUGUUUUCGUUCUUUUGUGGUUUCUCAUACAUUGAUAUUAUAUUAAAAUGAUUUCACUUAUCCUUUCUUGGCCUG